AUGGAGGAUGUCUUCGAUUUGCCAUUGUUUGUGGAGGAGGACGACGAGGAGGCGGCGGCGGAAGCAGCGAAACAGAAGCGACGGGAGCAGACCUUGAAGCCCCGGCGGCCGAGGCCGACGAGUUAUCGGGACACGCCGGAGGUGAAGGAGAGGUGGGCGAGGAGUAGUGCUCUGGCUUCCCAGUAUUGGGAGCAUGACCCCAAGACAGGGAUCAGCUACUACACGCGCGCCUGCUUCCGAAACCUCACCAUCUUCGAGCUUGACAAGGAGACGCAAUAUGGUCCAAUGCGUUUUACAGACGCAAUUAUCCCAGAGGAUCACAUUUUGACUAGCUCGUUAAAUGUAAUAUCUCUGAAAGUAAAAUCAUCAGAUGUUGGCUACCCUAUCAAUGUAUAUGGGACUAUGAUAGUUAGAGAUGGAUUAGAUUUUAACUGCAUCACCAUCUUCCGGCGCAAUAGGAACAAUUGCCAAGUUAUCCAGUCAGAGAAUGAAGAUAUAAUUCUCACAGGACCAACUAGAGGAAUUGUUUUUUAUGGUGAAAUAUUUUUUGAGAUAAAUUUGAAGAUUAAGGAGAAUGAAGAGUGCAAUGACAAGGAAUUUAGUAAAGGAUUGCUUGAAAUGAAAGUCUACACUCGUCGGUUUAAGAUUGUGACUGAAACCUUGGAGAGUAGGCUCAGUGAGGUGGAACAUGUAACUGCUUGUGUUAAGGAAGCACUGGAGGGCACUGUUGAGAUCAAGAUUCUGUCAGAUUCUGAAGUUUUUCAUGGGAAAAUUACGGCUUGCACAACAGAUGUUCCGAAUGAUAUUGUACUGUAUGACAGUGAUGUCGGUUCUCCAAACGCAGUUGGUGAUGACAGAGUCGUGCAGCUGCUGCGACGUGUCGUAGCAGUGUCCAGAAAAGAGAUGUUGAUAUUGAAUAUCCAUGCCCAUAAUAUUCAUCAGAAUCAUGUCGUCAGUCGCAAUUUGAAGUUCACCCCAUUCACUAGAGGCUCUAAUGAGGACGAGAUUAGCUGUGGUAUUUACAAGAUGCGGGUGAAAGUUGUUUGGUCAACCUUGUUGAUGGGUUAGAAUUAUACUCUACUGAGAGUCUUUUUACAAGAUGCGGGUGAAAGUUGUUUGUAAAUUAACAACUUUGAGAUGAACUAGAAUUAUACGCUAUUGGGAAUAUUUUUCACAGAUCUUGUAGCUUAUGCUAAACUCGGUGGUGUAAAUAAUUAAACUUUUAAGCUAGCUGUCAUGCCGAAAUUGAAUGUAAGUGGU